GGAAAGGAGGCGAUUUACCCCAUUUCCCCUUCCACCUCUCCGUCCGGGAUUCUUCAUUUCUUUGUAACAUGGAAUUGGUUGCUGAUUCUGGGGUGGCGAAGAAGAUGGAGGGGAUGAGGAAGAAUACGACCCUCAUUUGUGUUCCGAUCAUGGCCUCCACUGUGGAUGACAUGUUGGAUCAGAUGGGGAGGGCGAAGUCUAGCCAAGCUGAUCUUGUCGAAGUUCGAUUGGAUAGCUUGAACAGCCUCAACCCUCUUCCCGACCUCUCCAAGUUAAUUCAACAAUCUCCAUUGCCUACGCUGUUCACUUACAGGCCGACAUGGGAAGGUGGUAUGUAUAAUGGUGAUGAAAAUAGCCGAAUGGAUGCACUUCGCUUAGCGAUGGAGCUCGGAGCUGACUAUAUAGAUGUUGAGCUCAAGGCUAUUCAGCAGUUUAAUAGUUCUCUUCCCGUAAAGAAGACCGCCAAAUGCCAAGUAAUCAUUUCAUCUCAUAAUUAUCAUAACACACCAUCAGUUGAGGAGCUUGGUGAUCUUGUAGCGAGGAUACAAUCAGCAGGAGCUGACAUUGUGAAAAUAGCAACCACUGCAUUGGAUAUUACUGAUGUGGCACGUGUCUUCCAAAUCACUGUACACUCUCAAGUAAGCGGCGUACCAAUAAUAGCCAUGGUCAUGGGAGAGAAGGGUUUGAUUUCUCGCAUACUUUGCCCAAAAUUUGGUGGUUAUCUCACUUUUGGUACUCUGGAAGUCGGAAAAGUAUCAGCUCCUGGACAGCCAACCAUUAAGGAUCUUUUGGAUUUGUACAAUUUCAGGCAGUUAGGCCCGGACACUAGGAUAUUUGGCAUUAUUGGCAAACCUGUUAGUCAUAGCAAAUCGCCUUUACUGUACAAUGAAGCUUUCAGAUCAGUCGGAUUCAAUGGGGUUUAUGUGCAUUUACUGGUAGAUGAUGUUGCUUCUUUCUUCCAAACUUAUUCAACUACAGAUUUUGCUGGUUUCAGUUGCACCAUUCCUCACAAAGAGGCUGCCCUUGAAACCUGUGAUGAUGUGGAUCCAAUUGCAAAGUCAAUAGGGGCUGUAAAUUGCAUUAUAAGGAGAAGUACGGAUGGGAAGUUAUUUGGUUGCAAUACAGAUUAUGUUGGCGCUAUCUCUGCUAUUGAGGAUGGCCUGCGAGGUUUGCAUCAUGCUCCACUUGUCAAUUCACCAUUGGCUGGGAAGUUAUUUGUAGUAAUUGGUGCUGGUGGUGCUGGAAAGGCACUAGCAUAUGGUGCAAAAGAAAAAGGAGCUAGGGUGGUCAUCGCUAACCGUACCUAUGAACGAGCCAAAGAGCUGGCAGAUAUUAUUGGAGGACAAGCUUUGUCCCUUGCCGAGCUUAAUAAUUUCCAUCCAGAAAAAGGCAUGAUUCUUGCAAACACCACUUCCAUCGGAAUGCAACCAAAAGUUGACGAGACACCAGUUGCUAAGGAAGCCUUGCAAUACUAUUCGCUCGUGUUUGAUGCUGUCUAUACACCAAAGAUAACUAGAUUAUUAAGAGAAGCUGAAGAGUCUGGAUCAAAAAUUGUUACCGGUGUAGAAAUGUUCAUUGGGCAAGCAUAUGAACAAUACGAAAGGUUCACAGGAUUGCCUGCUCCCAUGGAAUUAUUUAAAAAGAUAAUGGCGAAAUAUUGAAUCCAAGCUUACUCCUAUGGGCUUCAAUUGUGGAGUGUUUUUUUGUUCUUGAUAAUUUCUUGUAUGUUUUUUAUUUCUGAAAGGGCAUAUGUUUUGUCCAAUGAAAACUUGCUUAUAUUUUAGCAGAAAAAGAAAAAGAAAAAUAGUGAUGGCUUUGUUAGCCUCAUGUACUAGUAGUUCAUUCUUAUGGCAACUUGGCAAUUACUGCUGCUCAUCAGGGGCGACAUUGCCACAAACAUUAGCUUUCAUUUGAGCAAUUGGUAUUUUUUUUAAACAUAGUCUUGUAAUUUGUGACAAUCCUAAAUUUGUAAUACUCUGCUUGAAGUUCUUGGUGUAGAAACAUUUGUUCCAAUAGUUUAUUUGAUCAAGUAAGUAAAACUUGGGCUCUGCGCAAAUUUGUUUUUUC